AUGCGACUCACCACUGCCGCCGCCGUGGCUCUCACGCUGCAAACGCAUGGCUGUUGUUCGACGCAGGACAGCACCACAGACGACCGCUGCAGCGCGACGUCGGACGCAUGGGCUGCUGCCGGUCUGGCCGAUCGCUUUGCAGUGGUGCAUCAUCACAUUCUCACUCCCGACAUGGUCCAACAGCUGCUGGCGGCGAUGCCAUCGCUUCUAUCGGACAGCGCCUGGUGGAUGCCGCUCGUUGAUGAUGCAGGCAAACGCCGCACGCCUCGCAGCGCCGUCGAGGAGGUUUUGUAUCACAUUUACGAGGCCGACUUUGGAGGCCAGUCGACGGCAGUCAUCGGGGCAGAGUGGUGGUUUCGGAAUACCACGGCCUCGGCUGGCCAGGAUGCGCACUGGGACAAGGACCAGGCUCUCCUCGAGAAGGAGAGCCGAAUCCGGUUUCCCGAAGUGGGCACCGUGACAUAUUUGUCGUCUGGCGGCACGCCGACGCUCGUUCUCGAUCAGCGGUUUGGCGACGACGCGUGCCUCAAGGUUCCCGGCGCGGUCUGUCCUUCUUCGAUGGAUCCUCCCCUAGCAAAAGAGGGCUUGCUCGUGUACGGGGAGCCAACCUCCCACCUCGUGUUUCGCGGCAAUUUGCUACAUGGCGUCCCGCAUGAGCUGGCGCCUCAGACCACGGACGACGAAGCGCGGCGCUUUGUGCUCGCCGUGAACUGGUGGAGCGGUUCAAAGCCCGCCUCCGAAGGAAGUCUACCGUGCGUGCCGUUGAGCGAUGCCGAUUGGCGGAGACGCGGCUUGUACCGGACGGACGGCCAUCCAGUCCGAAGCGUGCCCACUGCGCAUAGAAUCCGCGGGCCCGCUGAACUGCCUCCUCUGCCAAUGCGGCUGGCGCUAACGCGGGCGGCGACGAGCGUCGCUCUGCACCCGAGCAGAACUGUGAUGAUGGAGCACAGUUUUCCGCCGCCACACGAGCUGCCGAGAAAAGGUGAGUUCCACGUCCGCUGGCCGGCGGACGCAGCCCGAGGCCCGAUUGACAUUUCGUCCCUCCACGACGCCGCGGCGAGGGGCGACGCCAGCUUGCUGCGAAGCCGGCUGAUGCACUCCAGCGCCGUGGUGGACGAGCUCGACGAGCGGCACCUCACUCCCUUGCACGUUGCCUGCUUGCGAGGCCAAGCUGCUGCCGCCGCCGUGCUGCUGGAGCGCGGUGCCGACGCCGACGCCACGGACGCUCACGGCUCGACGCCUCUGCACCUCGCCGCCCUCGGGGCUCACACGCAAAUCGCAGAGCUGCUCGUCGCUGCCGGAUGCCGGACGGGCAGCGUCGACCGAUGGCGCAAGUCGCCCCUCGAGAACGCUAAGCUGCAGCUGAAGCGGCUGCAACAGGACGGCGCCUUUGGCAAAGCGGGCUCCGACAAGGCGCGGCAGAUCAAGCGGUGGACCUCCGAGCAGCUAUACAACGUCUUCGAGCCGGGGCGGCCGGUGGCGCUGCACCGGCUCGAGUCGCUCUUCUCGCAGGAGGAGGCGGCCGAGCUUGUGCAGCUCGCCGAGGCAGGGAGCGCGUUCGACACGCAGGCCGACACGGCCGACGGCGAGCCCUCGUUCGAGCUCUACCUCCUGCGCGACGGCCGCGACGCGCUCGUCAUCGAAGGCGUGUACGAGCCGGAGGGCAACGCGGACACCGCCGUGUGGGAGAGUGUCCGUCGUCGCGUCGAGGAUUGCGUGACGCCCUUCGUGCGAAAGCACUUCUGCCGAAGAUGCGUGCCGUGCACAUCCCUCGUGCGAAGGUACCGCCCGGGCGCGGAGCGAUCGCGUCUGCCGCCGCACCGCGACGUGCAGGCCGCGGUGACAGCCGUCGUCGAGCUGCACCUCGCCGUCGGCGCCGCGGCCGUCCACAACUUCGAGCUGCUGCACGGGGUCAACGCGAGCUGCGAAGAGGCGGGCGGAUGCGCGCGCUACUCGCUCGUUGUCUGGUUCCAGAUCGGCGACGUCGCGUGCGCCGCCGGGCACCGCUGGCCCGGCGAGGCGCGAGCGGCGAUGAUCGAGAAGGCCCUUCCGGCCUUCGCGAGGGGUGCGCGCAAGCGGCUCAGCGCGGCGGUCGACGACGCGGCUGCGCGGCGCGCGAGGGCGCUGAAGCGCGAGGCGAUCGGCCGCUCGGCUGCGCGGAGGGCGAUGGCGGCGCACGCCGACGCGGCCGGACGCCUUGACGAGCGCACCUUCUACGCCGCUCUGAAGACGCUCUUUGAUUCCGAGCCGUAG